AUGGAUAAUGAUUAUUAUGACUUUCUUGAUCAUUCAUUCGAUUAUAAACCAAAGAAGAGAGGAUAGAGGGGUUAGAAAAAUCUCAUUUUAAUUUAGCAUUGACUGAUCAAGAGAUCAUUGUUCGUGAAAGAAUGAAACUUGUAAAAAAUAGAGAAUCUGCAAAAAAUAGCAGAAAAAGAAAAAAGAUGUAUGUUGAUCUAUUGGAAAAUAAAGUAUAUUUUAACAUUAACUUAAGGUGGCAGGUUUAAAUUAAUAGUUAUAAGAAUAUAAAGAACUCUAAGAACAAAGUUAAGGACUAUUAAGAAAUACACAAAUCUAAUUGCUAUUUGGAAAAUCAAAACAAAAACCCGAUUAAUUAAAUCAUUACCUUUAGGAAAUUUAUGAGUAAUCAAUUCCUAAAAUGGCUUUAUUCUUUAAAUAAGAAAAACAUAAUCCAGAACUAGAUAAUUGUUUUUAAAAUUUUUAUAAUUGCUUUAAUGAUAUGAGUAAUGUCAAAGAUGAAAUGAUUCAAGAAAUGCAAAAACUUGAAAUCACUAUGAAAGAUGCCAAAGAAAUUUCAGAGUUUAAUAAGUUUUUUGAACAUGUCUCAAAAUUAGAUUUCUAAUAAUAAUUGGACAGUUUAGAAGAAGUAAUUUAGAGUAUAAUAUAAAUUAGGAACUCGGAAAUGUAAUUAAAACAGAUGAUCUUUAAUUGUCGAUCAAAGAUACUUAUGAUUUGUACAACAAAUCAAUGUAGUUUAUAAAGAGACCAAAAUUGAAUUGAA